AUGAAGUUUAUCUUCACUUUGAAUUUUGCCUUGUGCCUUUUAAUUAGGAUUGCAGCCAGUGCUCCCUUGGAUCCGAAACUCUCAACUCCGACGGAACGCUUUCAACGUCGUUCGACAUGGGUCCACCCUGGUGUGAUGAUUAGCCAGGAACAGAUUAAUUACUUCAAAGCAAAGGUGGCUGCCUCUUCGUCACCUUGGCUUGCGGCUUAUGAUCAGCUUCUUGAACAAACGGGGGUCGCGGAUAAGACAUAUACGCCCUCACCAGUACCAACCGUUGUCUGUGGAUCGUACAGCAACCCUGAUGUCGGAUGUUCCGCCGAGCGCGAAGACUCUCUUGCGGCGUAUGGCAAUGCCUUGGCAUGGAUUGUCAGUGAAGAGCAGUCAUACGCAGAUAGAGCUAUUGAUAUUAUGAAUUCUUGGUCUUCGACUAUCCUAAGUCAUAAUGAUACCAAUGCGCCAAUUCAGUCCGGCUGGGUCGGAUCAGUCUGGGCUCGUACGGGAGAACUUAUACGGUAUUCUGAUGCUGGCUGGAGCACCAUCCAGAUCGAAGACUUUGAGGAUAUGCUGCGCACAGCCUACAUGCCAUUUGUGAUUGGUGGCUCAACUUAUAACGGAAACUGGGAGUUAGUCAUGACAGAAGCCGCUAUGUUUAUGGCUCGCGUUCCUGCCUAUAUCUACAUGACCUCUGACGGUUCUUUGCCCGUUUACCCGCGAGGUAUCACUACCGAGGCUGCCUUGAUCAGCUAUUGGGAGGGACAAAGCACAUUCGAAGCCAGCGGUAUGGCACAAGAGACAUGUAGAGACCUGGAGCAUACGGGAUAUGGUCUGGCAUCCAUCGCACAUGUGUCCGAGAUGUCACGCAUCCAGGGUACAGAUUUAUACCAGACUUCUAUCGGCACUCGUCUUCAAGCGGCCCUUGAGUUCCACACGCAGUUUUCCGAGGGUGUUGAUGUUCCAUCGUGGCUCUGUGACGGCACUCUCGAUUCUACCUUGCUCUCCACGACGGAAAUUGGAUUUAAUGCAUUUGCGACAAGAUUGGGAUACACAAACUUGACAUAUACUGACGAGUGGACCGUUGCACGUCGGCCGGCCGGAAGUAAUGGACUUUUUGUGGCAUAUGAGACCCUCACCCAUGCCAAUAAUCCCAACUAA